AUGCGGUCAGCUACACUACGACUAGUAACACUGGUAGGCCUGCAACGCGGCCCUGCUUGUGUGAGCGCCGAGGCCCACGGUCCUGGUACUGUUCAGGGCUACGGGUGCGGCCCCGAGCUCGGAGGCAGAAGGAAAGAUUUUGAGCUGCCAAUUGUCAGCCAGGUACCUCGCCAUGGGACUGAGUCGAGGGUCGAUAGUUGGCAGGAGGAAGAGCGAGGGUAUGGCAAGGGCGAAGUCGUGUGGAGAGCGAAGUGGACGAACAUGACAAUCGGGUUGGGAAUAAGGCAGUCUGGGCAGGAGACGGUUAUUGAGACCGCUGGAAGGAAAUCAUAAUUUGCCGAGGGUCUUGUCCUCGAUAAGUGUCAAUAGAUGUUUGUCGUCUUUCCAUCUGCUUGGGGUCGCUUCACUGGGGUAAAUGGUGCCCGUUUCCCCGCGCAGCCUCAUUCGACCGUUCUUGUUUGUUCCUCA